UUAUCUCUGUUUGGGCUCGCCGGCGACGAACUGAAAAUAGCGAUAUUCCAUUGGAGGAGGAAUGAUGCUCGGAGGAGACGGCGAUGGUGACGCGCUCGGAAGAAGGAUGGCGGUGCUAGCGGGAAUUCCGCUGCAAGUGAAUCCGCCGCCGGAGGGGAUGGUCGGCAGGGGCGGCAGAGGGGGGAGGCAGCUGCCAUCGCCCUUGAGGGGAGAGGGGGAGAGGGAGAUUCCGUGGGGCGAACAGGAGACAAGGGAUUUGAUCGCCAUCAGGGAUGAUUUGGAGCGAGGCCACCCGAAGGCACGGGGUUACAGGACGCUGUGGGAGGCAGUGGCCGACGCGAUGAGGGAUCGAGGCUACCUCCGAUCUCCGGAUCAGUGCAAGUGCAAGUGGAAGAACCUCGUCAAUCGCUACAAGGGUACAGAGACGGCCGAUCCCCAAAUCGGCCGGCAAUGCCCUUUCUUCGACGAGCUAAAUGCCGUGUUCGUGGAACGGGCCAAGAGCAUGCGUCGACUCCUGCUCGAAUCUGAGUCUGGCGCCUCCCAACCGAAGAAGAAACUGAAGAGGCCCGUCGGCGAUCGUUUCUCUGACGUGUUCUUCGACGAGGACGAACACAGCAUCGACGACGAACUCCUCCCGAGAAGCAGAACGAAGAAAACCGGUAUGGCCGGAGCGCGGCAGCAGCAGCAGCAUCGGGCAACGACAUGGGCCGGCGUGGAGGAGCUUCUGCAGGAGGUGUUGCAGCAGCAGCGGCGGAUGGAAGAGAAGUGGCGGGGGAUGGUGGAGAGGCGAGCGGAAGAGCGGCGGGCGAUGGAGCAGGAGUGGCGAGGGGCGAUGAGGGAGCUGGAGCAGGAGCGGGCGGUGCUGGAGCAGGCGUGGAGGGAGCGGGAGGAGCAGCGGAGGGAAAGGGAGGAGAGGAGAGCGGAGAAGACGGAGGCCCUGCUCGCGGCACUGGUCGACAAGCUCAUCAAGGACGACGAAUGAUCUCUCCGGCGAGCAGAGCCUUCGUCUUCUCCGCCCUCCUUGAUGAGGUCAUCAAGGACGACUAGUUCCUCUGUUCGACCGCUUACUAAUGUGCCACGUAGUUACUUUACGUAACAGAUAUUGCUUUUGCUUUGCUUGUAGAUGUCGAUUUCUGAAAAGAAUUUAUAGGCGAUUUUUAAUUUAUGUUA